CACUGUAUUGUAGGCUUGGAGGGAAACCGUAAGGUUUUUUGACGCCGGCUACAAGAUCGACGCCACCCUUGUGUUUUUGUUGUUGUGUUGUAAUAAGUGAAAAACAUGGUGCAAGCGUGUUGUGUUAUCAACUGCCACAAUCGUUCACGCGAUCGCUUCGGGAAUAAAAAGGAUGGGGGGAGAUUUUUCUCAUUUCCGACGUGGAAGCAAAGCCAAGGAGCUGUGAUCUGUGAGCUAACAAAGAGACGCCGAAUGGCCUGGAUAGCAGCCGUGAGACGACCAAACAUCACUUUCAACGCCAUCACCCGACACAUGUUGGUGUGUUCACGGCAUUUUCACACUGGGAGACCUGCUAAUGAAAUGGAUGAAAGCCAUCCAGACUGGGCACCCUCAUUACAUCUCGGACACACGGAGGUGAAAGCUGCAGAUAACGAGAGACUACAGAUAACAUUGCACGAGGAGGAACUUUCUCCAACAAGAGAGGAGAACGAGCGACUACGACAACAACUGGAAGAUGUUUGCAAGACUCAAGUUGUGCUGCACGUUGAAGACAUCCAGCAGCUGAUUGGUCGUCAAGAAGAAGGUCCCGUUCAGCCACAAGGGGGGAGCUUCACUUGGCAGCAGGAGACACAGCAUGUUAAAGAGCAAGAAGAGGAGCCAGAGCACACCCACAUUAAAGAGGAAGAGGAGGAGCCAGAGCCCCCUCACAUUAAAGAGCAAGAAGAGGAGCCAGAGCACACCCACAUUAAAGAGGAAGAGGAGGAGCCACAGCACCUCUAUGUUAAAGAGGAAGAGGAAGAACUGUCGAUCACUCUAGGGCCAGAGGAGGCUGAUCUCUCCAGGUUGCCACUGACUGGUGUCUCUGUGAAGACUGAAGACCAUGAAGACAAACCACCUGAGUCCUCACAGCUUCAUCAUAGUCCAAGUGAGGAGAAGAGAGAGGCGGAGCCUUCAAGCAGCAGCUCAACACAACACAUGACAACAGAAGUUGAUGGAGACCACUGUGGAGGAUCACAAGCAGACAACCUCUUAGCUCCACUGUCAGGCAGCGUCAACGCAACGUCUCACUCUCCUGAAGAUGAAGACAGCGACGACGUCCAAGAAUCUUUGAGCAGCGAUACAGACUGUGAAGGUGAUAUGACGACUCACACUGGCAACAAACACUCUGAAUGCUCUAAAAAGAAGACAGUUAAACAUUUUAACUGCUCAGUUUGUGAUAAAAGAUUUUCUUAUCAGAGUAAUUUUAUUCGACACAUGAGAACACACACAGGGGAAAAAUGCUUUAUUUGCUCAGACUGUGGGAAAAGUUUCACACAAAAGGCAACUUUGGUAUCACACAUGAAAACACACACAGGAGAAAAAUGUUUUAGAUGCUCAGACUGUGGUAAAAGCUUCACGCAAAAGGGAAAUAUGGUAUCACACAUGAGAACUCACACAGGAGAAAAACCUUAUAGUUGCUCAGACUGUGGUAAAAGCUUCACUCAAAAGGUAACUAUGGUAUCACACAUGAGAAUGCACACCGGGGAAAAACCCUUUAUUUGCUCAGACUGCGGUAAAACCUUCACUAAAAAGUCAAGUGUGGUAUCACACAUGAGAACACACACAGGAGAAAAACAUUUUACUUGCUCAGACUGCGGUAAAAGUUUCACUCAAAAGUCAAAUCUGGUAUCACACAUGAGAACACACACAGGAGAAAAACCUUUUACUUGCUCAAACUGUUUUAAAAGUUUCACUCAAAAGGUACAAAUGGUAUUACACAUGAGAACACACACGGGAGAAAAACCUUUUAGUUGCUUAGACUGUGGUAAAAGUUUCACUGAAAAGGUAAGUAUGGUAACACACAUGAGAACACAUACAGGAGAAAAACCCUUCAGUUGCUUAGACUGUGGUAAACACUUCACUCGCAAAAUAAAUAUGGUUACACACAUGAGAACGCACACAGGAGAAAAACCUUUUAGUUGCUCAGACUGUGGUAAAAGCUUCACACAAAAGGCAGCUAUGGUAUCACACAUGAGAACGCACACAGGAGAAAAACCUUUUACCUGCUCAGACUGCGGUCAAAGCUUCACUCACAAAGUAAGUAUGGUAAAACACAUGAGAACACACACACAGGACAAAAACAUUGUAGCUGCUCAGAUUGUGGUGAAAGCCUCACCCACAGAGUAAAUGUAUCACACAUGAGAACACGCAGGAGAAAAAACAUUUUAGCUGUGCAAAUUGUGCUGACACAUUUCCUUGGAAGUCCUCUGUGAAUAGACACAUGCAGAGUCACUGAUGGUCUAGCAGGGGUGUCAAACUUGAGUUAGUUAUGAGGACAAGCAGCAUAGAAAAUGGAUGGAUGGCGUUUGAGUCACCGAGCGCAUGAUUUGAUUUGAUUUUGCUCAAACAAUUGGAUGUAAUAAAAGGGAAUAAUUCAGUUAUUUUGUUGAUAUUGUUACAUUGUCCAUUAUUGUAUUACAGAUUGAUGAAUUGUUCACAAGUGUGUUGACAUAAAUAUUUUUUGUUGGCCAAAAAUUUGUGUCAGGUGUUUUUCUUCUGAUUGUAAUCAUGAUCAGCACAUUAAAAGGCAGAAUGACUAAAUCAUUAAAUGUUAUUGAGAAAUUCAAUGUAAAAGUCUUCAUAUUAAUAUCGGCAACACUGGCUCUGCACUGACCCAUCGAUACCAAAAGUUCAGUAUGGGCCAGCCCUAUCUGCCUGUCGGCUCCAGAUUAAAACGUAAGCAGUCGUACUAUAUUUAGUUUGAUGUUGUAUUUUAUCGUGGUCAUUGAAUGCAAAACCAAAUAGUCUGUCAAGAUGUGAUUAUUGCUUUCCAAUGAGUCUAAAGUGUAUGUUUUUAUUUUACACCGUAUGUUUUGGUCAGCAGAGGGCUUGUACAACUGUAUUUUAUUUAAAAGCUGUUGACAUUCCAGUGAUAAUGUUAAAUACUCCUACCAAAUUAAAGU